AAUCUAUAUUAUAUUCUAAUUAAAUCAUGGCUGUAAAACAAUAAACAUAUUCCUUACAUGUAUUAUAUCUUGUUGUUAUAUAGUGGAACAAUAUCAAUGUAUUAUAUCUUGUUGUUAAAGACAUUCUGUGUUACCUUUAGAACACAGAAAGUCGAAAAUUAAAUCGAUAUUGUUCCACCAUAUAACGUCACUGCUUCCUUUUGAACGCGUAGUGAGUCCUCUUAUAUCUGAACGAUCUUUGUAGUGGUGCUUGCUCACUAUGUGCCUCACAGUAAGCCAUCUUAGUUCGUAGACGAUUUUUGGUUACCGGCGUUCUCGCCACAGCUGCUGCAACACACAUUUGACCACGACCGCUGUCAUCUUUAGCAUAACACUAUCCUGCGAAAAACAUUGAUAUAUUUACAGAUGCAGUGAAAUGUUGUGAUUCACGCAGCGAGCGAUGAAUAAGAGGCGGCAGCAGCUCGUUGAGAGCGCAGGAUGGAGCCGGGGCGCAGUGGCGAUGGAAGCCUCCUUCGCGGCCGCGUCAUCCUCCUGCUCUGCUUCCCCUUGCUUGGAGCACAAGUAAGCGGACACAGCAACUGCAGGCACCAAGUUCCUGCACCGGAGGAGGUUGUCUAUCACGUCCACCUGAAGUCUGAGCGUUUAACAAAGAGAAGCUCUUCUGAAGAACUGCAGCUGAAGAUCCAGAUUAUCUAUGACCUCAGCAUUGACCAUCUUCCUGCAGACAAGAGGAGGCUGGUUAAGGAUAAACUUUUUCCUCAGGCUAUUGACUUCCUGCAGAGGGCGCUCAGUGUCAGACACAGGACUGGUCCUGUGCUUCUUAGCAGACAAUGUGCAACCAACCAGUAUCUGAGAAAGAAAGAUGACCCUCAUCGAUACUGUCAGGGCGCCUGCGCUGAUGUCACCCGCUGUGGGCCCAUUGUCGUCCCGCAGCACCACAUGCAGCAAUGUAAAGUGUGUAGUGAGUCUGGAAAGUCCUGUGGCCCCAUGGGGCCCCCUGAUGGUCCUGGAGUGGAAGGCGCCGACUUUGUUCUAUAUGUCAGCGGUGUGACCACAGAGCGGUGCGGUCAGGAGAACAUUGUUGCCUACGCCGCCUACUGUCAACUGGAGGCUGAGUUUGACAGGCCAGUAGCGGGCUAUGCAAACCUGUGUCCUUCCAUGAUCUCAUCUCAACCUCAGGAGUUUGAAGGAAUGUUGUCAACAGUCAAACAUGAGAUAGUCCACGCUUUGGGUUUUUCAGCAGGUUUGUUUGCCUUUUACCACAAUGACGAGGGGAAACCUCUGACACCGAGGUUCGCUAGUGGGCUGCCUGCCUUCAACGAGACUCUGGGUCUGUAUCAGUGGAGCGAGUCAGUCAUAAGGAUGGUUAGUAGACUCUGGGACGUCAGAGGAGGACUAAUGGUUCGACACCAAGUUCGUGUCCUAGUCACUCCUCGUGUGGUGGGAUUGUGUUACAGGAAACACUUGUGAUUUAUCCUGGACAGGGUCUUUGACUGCCCAAUCCUGGAAGGAAUGGAGUUGGAGAACCAGGGAGGAACUGGUACUGAGCUGAACCACUGGGAGAAGAGAUUAUUGGAGAAUGAGGCAAUGACUGGUUCUCACACUCAGAAUAGAGUGUUCUCACGUCUGACUCUGGCAAUCAUGGAAGACUCCGGCUGGUACCGAGCCAACUACAGUAUGGCCCAGAAACUGGACUGGGGCCGAGGACUGGGCUGUGACUUUGUCAUGAAGAGCUGCAAGUUCUGGAUGGACAAACAAAGGCAAAGACGACACGCUGUGACACCGUUUUGUGACACGGUACGAGCAUCUCCGCUGCAGCUCACCUGCAGACAAGACCAGUUGGCCGUCGCUGUUUGUAACCUGCAGAGGUUCAANNGGUUCAAGGGGGGGCUUCCACUGGACUACCAGUACUUUGAGCGUAUUCCAGACGUCUCCUCCGAUCAGCUCUCCUUCUUCGGCGGAGCAGUGGAGAUUGCGGAUUACUGUCCUUUCAGUCAGGAAUUCAGUUGGCACCUCAGUGGAGAAUAUCAGAGGAACUCAUAUUGCAGGCUAUCACAGAACCAGCCAGACAGGUGGAGGAACUAUGCAGCAGAGGAAUAUGGUCCAGAAUCAGUCUGUCUGUAUCAGAAGUCUGCUUUUGUGAUGGAGCAGUGCAGCAGGAAGAUGACGUAUCCUGACUGGGGAUCUGGAUGUUACAAGGUGGCGUGCUCCUCUCAGGGUCUGAUCAUCUUCGUUCAGCACCAGUCCUUUCUCUGUGUGCGUAAAGGUCAGCAGAUCAGUGUCAGUGUUCGGGCCAACGACUGGGUUUACAAUGGCGUCCUGAUCUGCCCUGCCUGCACAGAUUUCUGCUCCUACUGCCUCCUUCCACACAUGAUUCCACCGACCAACAUUUCCAGGAGCCAGCCUAUUGACCCGUGUUCUGGUUGUGUAGCGGUGAGCGUCACUGGUCCGGAGCUCCUCAUCGUCGAACUGUGCGUUUCCUGCGGAUUGGCCUUGUCUGCAGCUGCAGCUAAUACCAAUACACACACAGACUCGUGUUUUAAUUCCUCUCUCAGGACCUUGUUGUUUGUACUUUGUACGUUUCUUUGAUCGAUCAGAUGUUUUGUCCUCUGUGAUGUCACGUACCUUUUAGAGACAGUGUCAUUUUUUUUAUACAUAUAUAUAUUUUAAUUUCCCGACUGAACUUGUUCAAUUGUAACAUAUUCCAUUUAUUUAAUUUCUUUGUGAAUAUAGGCCACAGACCGCUGCUGCUCCCUGUUGACUCCAGCAACAACAGCACCUGUGAUCAACUGCUGUUUCUGAGAGUUUGUGAGAGUGAGUGGAAGCUGAACUUAGAACAACUGUCACAUCCUGGCUCUGUUGUUUUUUUUUCCAGGAUUAAUAAAUAUACAACAUGCUAAAAA